GUAUUCGACUGUAGAAGGAACCACAAACCCGGAUAACAUCUCCACGGAGUAGUAGCAUGACAAGUAUCGGCGACAGUCCUUGUUAUUGUGGGGUAAGAAGAUUCCUAUGAAACACAUACAGUAAACGAGAAAUUAACUUUGUUCAAAAUAUAAGCAACUAAUACGAGGAGGCCAAGCUAAACUGUAACAAAGUGGAGGCCAACAGCAGGGCCAAGAUGGCGAAAAUGGCUGUCCGCCUAAAACGCUCGUUGACGGUCAUCGUCUGCCUCUGGGUAGGUGUGAUGCUUGUCCUCGAUUUCAAUUUUGGGAAUUCGAUUUGGGAAGCGGAAAUGAAACACCUGUCAGAGGAUUUUGAUCGAGCUCAACAUCUUUUUGUUCACAGCCACUUGGCGACCGACAAGACUUUAGACCUGGUCACGUGCACAAGAAUCACGUGAGAGUCAAACGAGAAACAGAUGCCGAUAAUUCAGUUGCCACGACGUUUGCGAUCAGGGAGACUCCUGUGGGGAGAAAACGGGCAGUAAGGUUUGACCCUCGGCUGCUUUUGAAAGAGCUUAAUACCUCAGAGCCGUAUGGGGAAAACAUGCACCAUCAUGUUUGGUUUGAAACUAAAUACGCAAAUGACGACAGGAUUAUUUCACAAAUGAGUCUUGCCGCCCCUCUAGUACCCAGACCUCCGAAUGUGGGCGAUAAACGCGGUGCAAAGACCCCUAAACCCGCUUUAAAGACAAUUCUGUUGUUUAAUGGCCUGCCGAAGUUCGUAAAACCAGGCCAAGUCCAAUUUCUCUCGGAAGACUGUCCCGUGAAAACGUGUUAUUUGACUGGAGAUAAGAAGGAUUCAUCAAAAGCGGACGCUGUUGUUCUGGGCGGACGACAUCCGCACACUCCAUCGGUUAAACCACAGGGUCAGGUGUGGGUGAUGUGGGGGAUUGAAUCACCAAAAUACUGGCAAAUGCCUGUCACUCUGGGUGAUCGGAUUAACUGGACUGCCACCUAUCGGCAUGACUCCACCAUCGUAACCCCGUACGAGAAAUACGUGCCUCACAAAUAUGGUACUCUAAAACAGGGGACAUUGAAAAAUUAUGCCUCGGGGAAACAAAAGAAAGUGGCAUGGUUCGCCAGCAGAUGCAAGUCUAAUAACAAGAGGGAAGACUACGUCAAAGAACUAGCAAAAUAUAUCGAGGUGGACAUUUAUGGACCUUGUGGGUCUAAGACAUGUCCCAAAUUCUCCGCUGAGUGCUACAACAUGCUAAGCAACGACUACAAAUUUUACUUGUCGUUUGAAAACUCAAACUGUCGUGAUUACAUCACUGAGAAGUUCUUUGUGAAUGGACUGGGUAAUGACGUUAUCCCCAUCGCAAUGGGGGCGCAUCCAGAUGACUACAAGAGGGCAGCACCUCCGCACUCCUAUAUCCACGUGGAAGACUUCAGGUCAGCAAAGGAACUGGCCGAGUAUUUACACAAACUGGAUAAAAACGACCACUUAUACAACGAGUACUUUCGCUGGAAGGGUUCCAUGAAGAAAAUAAAUACUCAUUUUUUCUGCCGACUCUGUGCCAUGGUACACGAGGCAGAAAACCACCGAACUUGGUACAAAGAUAUACGAGAAUGGUGGGGUGGGGAGGGUGUGUGCAGGACUGAACAGCGGUGGACUGAUGGGGAGCCUCAUUUCUGAAGUUUGUAGCUUCAGUCUUACAAUAUUAUAUAGAAUAGCAUACAUGAUGAAAAAACUAUAAUCUGCUCGAGUUUGAACAUGCCCCACAUUCAUAUUCUAAUUGUGCAAAGAUAAUCAUUUUCCCAAAUUCAGACCACUUUAAAAUAAAAUCUGA